GAUGUAAAGGCUAAAUAUAAAGGACACGGUAUUUUUGUAUAAAACAAGCUUAUUUAUGUACAGUACCAGUCAAAACUUAGAAUACAUCUGACUGAAUGUAUGUUUUUCAUAAUGUUCAAGGCAUUUCAUUCUAAUGGUUUAUGCUUACAUGUUUUAAAAUACUGAAUGUUGACAGGCUAUAUAUGAAUUAAUUUCCAAAAUAAUUUGAGCCCAAUUAAGCAAAUAGUUUUCAUUCAGAAUUUUAGACUUUCACCAUACAAGCGCUUAGCAUGUGUCAGAGUCUCUUCAAGAUCGGUGGGAAAGAAUCGCAGGUGGCACCCUCCUACUGCUCGUUAAGAGAACACUAAUAGUAAAGUAAAGCUACUUACAUAACAGUGUUUAUUUAACACACCAUAAUCACAUCAUUUCAUUCUUUUGAUACAUUCACUGUAUUUUUCUUGCAGAAAAAUGCAGAAAAGAGUAGCUUAGAAACAAACAAAGACCGGGUGUGUCUAAGCUCCAUACUUUCGACAGCCAUAUUCCGUCCCAUGCAGAAAGGCAGGCGCUUGCAGAGAGACAUCCGCGCGGCCUGGGGGAGCCGGACCUGCUUCCUGCGCGCGCACCUUGCCGCGUUUGGUGCACGCGUUAAAAUCCUUGCGCGCGCGCACCGCCUUCUUCACCCGGGUCGCGCGGCGUUGCCUUGGCAACAUGCGUUCGGCGUCUCGAGCCCCGCCAGCGCUGAGAGGAAAAGCGGAGCGGAAGAUGGAGGAGAAGAGCAGAGACCUCGACGCUGGCAGCGAGGCUGGAGGAGAUGAUGCCUUGGUGGGGAAUGUGAGCAAACUGACAGUGACUCCUCCAGGGCACACGGGAGCCCCCAGGAAAGGCCACCUCACCUUUGACGCCUGCUUUGAGAGUGGUAAUCUGGGGCGUGUGGACUACAUCAGCGAGUUUGAGUUUGACCUCUUCAUCCGGCCCGAUACAUGCAACCCUCGCUUCAGAGUGUGGUUUAACUUCACAGUUGAGCACAUCCGGGAGACACAGUUCCAGCAGGCUGAGCGACUGGUGGCCGGGACGGGAAAGCAUGGCGUUCACAUGGAGCUGCCACCUGACGCACACAGAGUGAUCUUCAACAUCGUAAACUUCAGUAAGACCAAGAGCCUGUACAGAGAUGGGAUGGCCCCAGUAGUGAAGUCCACCAGUCGGCCUAAAUGGCAAAGGCUGCCGUCUAAGAAUGUGUAUUACUACCGCUGCCCGGACCACCGCAGGAACUACGUCAUGUCCUUCGCCUUCUGCUUCGACCGAGAGGACGACGUGUACCAGUUUGCCUACUGCUACCCAUACACCUACUCACGCCUGCAGCACCACCUGGCCAGCCUGGAGCAUAGAAACCUCGAGUACCUGAAGAGGGAACAGCUGGGGCUUAGUGUGCAACAACGAAGACUAGACCUUCUCACCAUCACCAGUCCAGCCAACCUAAAUCCAGAGCGAGAAAAGCGUGUGGUUUUCCUCACAGCACGUGUUCACCCUGGAGAAUCUCCUGCUUCCUUCAUCUGUCAGGGUGUCAUAGAUUUCCUGGUCAGUCAACAUCCUGUGGCCCAAGUCCUGCGAGAUCAUGUGGUCUUCAAGAUAGUACCCAUGCUCAACCCUGAUGGGGUCUACCUGGGCAACUACAGGUGCUCUCUGAUGGGCUUUGACCUGAACCGCCACUGGCAGGACCCUUCUCCAUGGGCCCACCCGACCCUGCACGCUGUCAAACAGCUCAUCGUCCAGAUGAACCAGGACCCUAAGGUGAGUCUGGAGUUCUACAUCGACGUGCACUCUCACUCCACCAUGAUGAACGGCUUCAUGUACGGGAAUGUGUUCGAGGAGGAGGGACGUGUCCAGAGGCAGGCUGUCUUUCCCCGCCUCCUGUGUCACAACGCACCCGACUUCUCCCUCUCCAGCACAUCGUUUAACCGUGACGUAGUGAAGGCCGGCACGGGCCGGCGGUUCCUGGGCGGCCUGCUGGAUGACACGUCCUACUGCUACACCCUGGAGGUGUCCUUCUACAGCUACGUGACGGCCGGCAGUGCCACGCCCGUCCCGUACACGGAGGACGGAUAUAUGAAGCUGGGUAGGAACGUCGCCCGGACGUUUCUGGACUACUAUAAACUCAGCAGCCUGGCUGAGGAAAAUAAAUGAACAAGUCACUUUAACAGUCAAGAUGCGGCAUCUAGCGGUCACCAGGGAAAUAAUGCUGGAAAUGGAAAGACUCACAAUGGGGAGAGAUGUGAGCAAAGAUUUCCGGGCAGCUUGGACUACUGAACUCCAGUACUACCCAGCAGGGACUACUGAACCCCAGUACUACCAAGGCUCCCCAGCACAAAGACACAGCACCCCAUGCAUAUUUUGGACAUCAGGAACAUGUGAAAAAAUGAAAAUGACAUGGACAGUCUCUUGAUGUUUCUGUACAAUGCUAUUACUUUAAUGCCAUCAAUUGUUGUAAGAUAAUACAUAAAAGGUGACUUAACUGCUUGGAUUUAUUUACCAUGUUUUGCCUUUUUAAAAUACCAACAAUAGUGUACUUUCAUGUGUUUUGCAGUUGCUUCUUCACAGAAGAUGUCAUUUAGUUGCAAUUAUUACUGUGUAAAGGAUUGCAUGCAUUAAAUCCAGAGUUGUGUUCUUAGUUUACCUUUAUUCUCUGGUACUGCCGUCUGAAUGCAAUAAGAAUGUUGCUUUAAGAAGGACGUGAUGACCAGGAUGUUUUAGUGUAUUUGACAAUAGCAUUCACAGGCUUUUUCAAUCCUUUCUUUAAUUUGAAAUGUAUUACUAAGCAUGUUUGCUCAGAGAUUG